AUGGCCGACACGUCGGCCACGCCGGCUUGGGAGAUUCGCCCGGCCAAAGCCGGCGAUCUCGAGGCAAUUCAGUCCGUCCACCGGGCUGCCUUCAGUGCAGAGGAGAACGAGAUCAUCGUCAGCUUAGUCGCGGCAAUCCUUGAGGACUCGACUGCCGAACCCACCACCUCACUGGUCGCUGCGAUCGAGGGCCGUGUGGUGGGGCACAUCCUUUUCAGCACAGCCCGGCUGGAGCCAGAACAGGAAGUAAAGGCAGCCAUUCUGGCGCCUCUCGCUGUUCUCCCCGAAGUUCAAUCCAAAGGCAUCGGUGGCCAACUCAUCCGUGCGGGGCUCCAGGCCCUUGAAGCCCAAGGGACGGCUUUGGUCUUCGUGCUUGGGCAUCCGACCUACUAUCCAAAGCACGGCUUCAAGCCCGCUGGAGCCCUCGGCUUCGAAGCCACCUACCCCAUCGAGGAGAAAAACGCAGACGCCUGGAUGGUACAGGCCUUGGCUGGAGCCAGUCCAAGCGCGCGUGGCCGAGUGCAGUGCUGCGCUGCGCUGGACAGGAAAGAGCUCUGGGCUGAGUGA